GGGAAUGCAAUUGAAACAGAUUUGCGCAAGAAGUAUGGCAAGAUUGGCAAAGUGAUUGGAAGUGGCGCAGGAGGAACUGUUCGAGUGAUCUGUCGCGUUUCUGAUCGUAAAGAAUUCGCAAUCAAGCAAUUCCGCAAGCGCAAACCUAAUGAGUCUCAACGUGCCUACAUCAAAAAAUUGACUUCAGAGUACUGCUUGGGCUCGACAUUCCAUCAUCCCAACAUCAUUGAGACUCUAGAUAUUGUUCAAGAAGGAGAUCAGUACUAUGAGAUCAUGGAGCUUGUCAAAUACGAGUUAUUUACAGCAGUGAUGUCGGGCCAGAUGGGUCGAGAUGAAAUUGCGUGCUGUUUCAAGGGCGCAAUUGAUGGAGUGGCAUACUUGCAUGAGAUGGGUGUGGCACAUCGUGAUCUCAAGCUCGACAAUAUUGUGAUGAAUGAGCGUGGGAUUGUCAAAAUCAUUGAUUUUGGAUGCUCUGUUGUUUAUCGGUUACCAUUCGAGAAACAGAUACAGAUGGCAAAAGGCGUGUCUGGCUCAGAUCCUUAUAUUGCCCCUGAAGUCUUUAUUACAGAAGAGCAUGACCCCCGUCUAGCAGAUGUCUGGUCACUAGCCAUCAUCUUUAUUUGCAUGACACUUCGUCGUUUUCCUUGGAAAUUGGCUCGUAAGGAUGCAGACCCUUCAUUCGAGGCCUUCACUAAUGCUAGUGGGUCCGGCAAGUCUCGUCUACUCAAACUGAUGCCACGUGAGAGCCGCCCUAUUCUGUCCAAGAUGUUGGAGGUGGAUCCAAAGAAGCGUGUGCUUAUGUCCGAGGUCUUGGAAGAUCCUUGGGUCAAGUCCAUUGAGGCCUGCACAAUUCAGAACUCGUGCUUGUAUCAUUCACAUCAU